AUGGAUUUUUGUUUUUUCCUCAUUGGUUGUAUGUAUUAAUUUUAUUAAUUUUACUAGGAUAUAAUCUCAUAUUUGCUGCUAUUGCCAUUUCAAUUUGACCAAGGUUAAAAUUCUAAGCCGGUUUAAUAACUAUAAUUGAGUUUAUUAUAUAAUUGGGUUAUUUUAAGUCAUGUAUUUCUCAUAUUCACGUAUUUAUUUACUCACGGCUUGAAUGGAAAUCAAAAUAUAAUAUUUGUUUGGUGCUGCAUUUACCAGAAAUUGAUUGUAUUAUUAUAAUUUAAUUACUAACCAUUUAUAUUAGUUCAAGAAUUUAAUAAACCAUUAAAAGAUGUUGGCAAUGUUGCAUGUUAUUGUGGUCAUUGUCAUAAUCAAACCGCAUUUGCAACUAGAACCAUAAAUUGUGUUACUUUAUUUUUUAUACCUGUUUUACCAUUUUAUUAUCAAAAAAGAUUAAAAUGUAAUACAUGUGGAACGACUGGUGGUCUUGAUUCAACUGCAAUUGAUCGAUUAAAAAAAGGUGAACCUGUUGCAAUAGGAUAA